AAAGUUCAGCAGUACGUAGUCAUUGUCCAGGCCACAGAUAUGGAAGGAAAUCUGAACUAUGGUCUCUCAAACACAGCAACAGCAAUUAUUACAGUGACAGAUGUGAAUGACAACCCCCCUGAAUUCACCACCAGCACUUAUUCAGGAGAAGUUCCUGAGAACAGAGUGGAGGUUGUGGUGGCAAACUUGACUGUGAUGGACCGGGACCAACCUCACUCUCCCAACUGGAAUGCCAUUUACCGCAUCAUCAGUGGGGACCCCUCCGGCCACUUCACCAUCCGGACAGACCCUGUCACCAAUGAGGGCAUGGUGACUGUUGUGAAGGCAGUCGAUUACGAGAUGAACAGAGCUUUCAUGCUGACAGUGAUGGUAUCAAACCAAGCUCCUCUGGCCAGUGGCAUCCAGAUGUCCUUCCAGUCAACAGCAGGAGUCACCAUUUCAGUCACAGAUGUCAACGAAGCACCAUAUUUCCCCACGAACCACAAGUUAAUCAGGCUGGAGGAAGGAGUGCCCACAGGGACAGUCCUGACAACAUUUUCAGCGGUGGAUCCUGAUCGCUUCAUGCAGCAGGCAGUAAGAUACUCUAAGCUGUCAGAUCCUGCAAACUGGCUGAACAUUAAUGCCACAAAUGGUCAGAUCACUACUGCUGCUGUCCUUGAUCGAGAGUCAGACUACAUUAAGAAUAAUGUCUACGAGGCCACAUUCUUGGCGGCUGACAACGGUAUCCCCCCUGCAAGUGGCACUGGCACUCUGCAGAUCUACCUAAUCGACAUCAACGAUAAUGCUCCUGAGCUCCUGCCAAAGGAGGCACAGAUCUGUGAAAAGCCAAACCUGAAUGUCAUCAACAUAACAGCCGCGGACGCUGACAUCGAUCCAAACGUCGGGCCCUUCGUCUUCGAGCUGCCAAGUGUGCCAUCUGCAGUGAGGAAGAACUGGACCAUAACACGGCUGAAUGGUGAUUACGCCCAGCUCAGCUUACGAAUCAUGUACCUGGAAGCAGGUGUGUAUGAUGUGCCAAUCAUUGUGACAGACUCAGGAAACCCCCCCUUGUACAACACCUCUGUCAUCAAGGUGAAGGUGUGUCCCUGCGAUGAGAACGGCGACUGCACCACCAUCGGGGCAGUGGCUGCUGCAGGGCUGGGCACAGGGGCCAUCAUUGCCAUCUUGAUCUGCAUCAUCAUCUUACUGACCAUGGUCCUGCUGUUCGUGGUGUGGAUGAAGCGCCGGGAGAAGGAACGUCACACCAAGCAGCUCCUGAUCGACCCCGAGGACGACGUCAGGGACAACAUCCUGAAGUAUGAUGAAGAGGGAGGUGGAGAGGAAGACCAGGAUUAUGAUUUAAGCCAGCUCCAGCAGCCAGAGACCAUGGAUCACGUGCUGAACAAGACACCUGGAGUCAGAAGGGUGGAUGAAAGACCUAUUGGUGCUGAACCACAGUAUCCUAUAAGACCAGUAAUCCCACAUCCAGGGGAUAUUGGUGAUUUUAUUAAUGAGGGCCUGCGUGCUGCAGACAAUGACCCCACAGCUCCCCCAUAUGAUUCCCUGCUUGUUUUUGACUACGAGGGCAGCGGCUCCACCGCAGGCUCCGUCAGCUCCCUCAACUCCUCCAGCUCCGGAGACCAGGACUACGACUACCUUAACGACUGGGGACCCAGGUUCAAGAAACUGGCAGACAUGUACGGGGGAGGAGAGGAAGAUUAAACUGACCUCAUCUUAUUUAAAAAAAAAAAAAUUGACACAAAAAAAAUUUGAAAAAAAAAAAACAAAA